AACAUCGAUUCAAGUUCCAGCUCUAGACUGUGGCCACACACGCGUUUUUUCCCAAAUCGUGCUUUUUUUGGUGGAAUUUCGUUUGUUACAAAUCGGCGUUGCAUUAUUUUCGCCCAGCCAACGGAAAACGCAGCGCGGGCACGGAACCGAGUGGAAGUUGCGAUCAAGUGCGUGCAAUCGCCAGCAGGAAAAUGCCAAAAUUGGUACCGAUUCGCAGCACGCGUGUGUGUGUGUGAGCAGAGUGAGAAGAAGAGGAGCGAAGAAUUGCGAAAGCAGUGUGUGCAAGGCGGAAGAAGCACAAAGACAAAAGGGAGGCGAUAAAAAAUCGGACAGGCGGCGCUGCUGUCCGGCGAUCGAAAUAAAGGGAAAAGGAAAAGAAGCGGAAGGCAGGAACAAAACAAGGCGGCAGCGGCAUGCAGGAGAGCGUGCCCAGCAUUUAUCCAGUGUGUGCGUAGUCGAGGAGGUGACCCAAGCCGAAGCCAAUGUGCUGCUGUUAGUUUGUGGCGCCAAAAGGAGUAGUUCUUAAAUAUAUAUCGCCGCGUGUGUGAAAUCUCGGCGAAACACAAGAAUAAAGAAUCAAAAAGAAAAAAACCACGACGGCGUGCGUAAGCGCACUCACACGCUUGCACACGCACAGACAGAGAGCGAAAGAGAGCGUAGGAGCGAGCGAGUGAGCACCACACAAACUCACACAAACUCGCUGGCAGGAAUUGCAACAGUGUGUGCUCCUUUUUUUUUUCUUCUUUACUUACGUUUUGUUGUUGUGUGUGCGGCGGCGCUUCUUUUUGGCUCUUCGUGUCUCUCUUUUGUGCCGUUGCUUCGCCGGCUAAAAAGGAAACCCGAAAUUUGAAAUUGGCAUAAUGGAGGAUGGACAGGAGCAAAGGGAAUCCUCGCAAGCGGAACUGGCCAAGCUGCACCCCAUGACGCCGCUGAAGGAGCUGCCCGAGGAAGAAGAGGAGGAGGAGGACAGUUCCUCGGCGGGAGGCUUGCAGUCCGGCGGCGGCGGCAACAACAACAACUCCAUCAUGGGCAAGAUGAAGAUGCGCGUAUCCAGCAUGCUGCCCGCCUCCUUGAGCGACUGGUUCUCGCCCUCGUCCAAAGGUGGCCCCGAGUCCCCCUCCGCCGCAUCCUCCUCAGCUAAUCUCCGCCAGCCACGCCAGUCCAACGGACGCGCCAUCACCAAGCGGAAACGUGGACGGCGUCGCAUCAUGCUUGCCGAAGCGGAUGCCGAUGCUGCCGACGAUCUGGACGAUGGCUCCGAUGCCAAAGGGCUCAACUACGAGGAGGUGGCCCUGGCCGACAAUAUAGCCGAGCACGACCUGGCCGCCGAGGAUGAGCAGACGCGGCGCAGCGAGUACAAUGUCUUCCUGCUGCGGAAGCACCGCGAGGCUAUUGCCACUGCCGUUGGCGACGAGGGUGAGGCCGAGGAGGAUGAACUGGAGGAGGACGAGGAUGAAGGCGACGAGGAGGACGACGACGAGGAGCAGGACAAUCUUCUACAGGCCGCCGCAGUGCAGCCCAAGCGUCGACGUCUGGAGCUGGAGACCACCGUCAACUUGCCCAACAUGCGUCGUCUGCCCCUGUUGUCAUCCACGCCUGCUGCCCCACUUGCGGCUGCCACCAGCUCCUCCGCCUCCCACAUGGCGGGCUCAAGGAGCGGCAGCCAAUUGGCUCCACACCGACGCAACCACCUCAAUUUGUAUGGCAGUCAACGGCAGCGCGAACCCGCCUACAACUUUUUCACGGGCAACGAAGCCGCCGAGGGCAGCACCGGGGAUCUGCCGCACAGCAUUCGCCGUUCGCUGAACAUACCUUUCGGAGGCAGCAGCACCGCCACCAGCCACAACAGCCUCUCCAGCCUUCCUAACCACAAGCGACCCUCGCUUCUGGGCCAGCGAACCCAUCGUCGAGACCUCACCAUGGACGAGACGGGAGCUGGACUGGGCCUGGGCUCGAUAUCAUCCAAUGCCGACGGAGAUCGCCUCGAUCAUUUGCUGAGGAUCAGCAAGACCAACAACAACAUUAGCACCAACAACAAUAAUAACAACAAUAAUAAUGUCAUCAAGUCAAAGUCAAGACGAACUGAACUGUCAGCGGCGGGAGCUGGUGCUGCUGGCGGAGAUUCGCAAUCCGAGAGCGAUGUGAACGAUUACCACGACAAUGGCGAGGGCCACGAUGGACUACGGCCCGCGCAUCACAACAGCAACAGCAACCUGGAGUUCUAUGGCAAUCUGCAGAGCACCAAGUCGAUAUUUAACAGGAGCAACGCCACCGCACAGCCAUCGCAUCGGAAUUCGACGUGGUCGCUGAAUUCCCUGAACCAGCGCAGACGCUUCAAUGCCUCCAUAUACGGCAGCACCUCGGCGCUGAGCGACAGUCGCCUGCUGAGCCGCAGUGCCUCCACCUCGGGAUCAGCGUCUGCCUCCAGCUCGCCCUUCUACCAUGGACGCACCACCUUCGGCGGCAAUUCCGCGAACAAUCGCAUAUUCAGUCGCAGCAAUCUGAGCUCCUCCGCCGCAUCCUCCACGUUGGCCAUUAAUUCAGCCGGCAGUUCACCGGCGCAUCCGCUGCAGGGUUCCCUGACCGGUGGCAUUGGGUACGGCAUGAAAGCGGUGGACAUGCGGCCCACCGAGGGCGGUAACGCUGCGGAAACCUCUGUGGGUCAAGGUGGCGGCAGCAAGAAGUCCGGCUCCGGCCUGUCGAACACCACGCUGCGCAUCCUUAACCUGCUGGACAGCUACUCCACGCCAUUGAUCGAUGCCAAGCGCAUGGGCAGUACCCUCAAGGAGCACCAAAGCAGUCGCCAGCAGCGUCAGUCUACCCCGGCCACCCCAUAUCCGCGUCCCGCGUAUCCCAUGAACGCCAGUCGCCCCUCAUCAGGGGUGCCCAGUCUGGCCAACGAGUUGGCGGAGCUGCGCUCUAACAAACUGCUGGUGCCCACAAUGCAGCAGCUCCUGGAACGCCGGCGCCUACACCGCGUCACCCAGAACUCGCGGGAUCUGGUGCAAAGCCAAAGCACACGCCCUCGCACCGAGAACAACCAAGAGAAGCAAGCCAAUCAAGCAACAACCACAACCGCCCCAGCAACAACACCCUAUGUUGCUCCGGUCGAUCAGCCCAGCAGCCAUAGUCAUCACACAAACAAGAUGCGAUCGCGACUCUCACACCAGACGCGCAACAAGGAGCCACGGGCGGAGCAGGAGGAGGCACCCCUGCCGCUGGAUCUGCCCCAGAUCAGCUUCCCAGACAUGGCCAGUGCGCCAAAGUUCGACCUGGUCAUCAAACCGACUGUGCCAGUUGUCUCAAAACCAGCUUCCGUUGCCGCAAUCAUCAGUAGUAAGACCAGCAUCAGCAACGUUUCCACCAACUCCAAGCAGCAGCAGCUGCCCAAUUUCUUGGCCAAUCCGCAGCCCACGGCUCCAAUUGUAAACUUCUCGGCCAAUGGGAACGUGACGGCAGUCAGUAAACCAGCGGGACGCACAUUUACCUUCUCGGAGCCCAUACCUUUGCCGUCGAAUUCGCAAAAGAACUGUGUGGCCAAAGUGGAUAUUAGGCGCAAGUACUUCUUCCCGGCACCGGCUUCGCUUGAUGAGCUGCAGCCCGUGUCAGCGGAGCCACCUAAGAAUACCGUGCAGGGAUUCGGUGAGCAGUUUAAGAAGUCCGCCAAGGAGUGGGAGUGCGAUGUGUGCAUGGUGCGCAACAAGGCGGAGGCCGCCAAGUGUGUGGCCUGUGAGACGGCCAAGCCGGGAGCAACUCCGGCUCCCGCUGCUCCUCUCGUCCAGGCAGCAAUAACCACGCCGGCUAUUGUGCCUCUGGGUGGUGGCUUUGGAGACCGCUUUAAGAAAUCCUCGUCCGCCUGGGAGUGCGACGCCUGCAUGCUGUCCAACAAGGCGGAGGACAGCAAGUGCAUUGCCUGCGAGACUCCGCGAAAAACGGCGGCGCCAAAGGUUAACAACUUCCCGCUGAUGGCCAACAAUCUGGCCUCUACCGUAUCCGGUUUUGGCAUGGCAUUUAAACCAAAGGCCAACACGUGGGAGUGCCAGACGUGCCUGGUGAUGAACAAUUCUAGCGCCGCCGAGUGCGUGGCCUGCCAGACGCCCAAUGCACAAGCGAAAAGCACAAGGAACGAGGCCGCCCGGAGUCCAUCCGGGUCGUCAUCGUCCUCUUCCUCGUCCUCUGGCUCAUCCUCUGGUUCGUCUUCUGGCUCAUCUGCUGCAACAUCCGGCUCAUCCUCGCCGUCUAUCAUCAGCAUUGCAUCCUCGAGCGACAGCUCUCAGAAUGGCUAUCGACCAGGAUCAGCAGUCGAGGCGCCCAAGCAAGAUGCCGGAUUCAAGCAGCUGGUCGCAGCCCAAAAGGCAGCCAGUUGGGACUGCGAUGCUUGCAUGGCCCAGAAUGACAUGUCGCGGGUCAAAUGCAUCUGCUGCGAGCAACUGAGGCCGGGAGCAGCGAGCUCCGCCUCCACAACAUCCCUAAACUCGUCUGUCUCCGGCAGCAGCGGUUCGGCGAUCUCGGCCGCCAGUUCGGUGCCCAAAUUUAGCUUUGGCUUCGCCACAGUGAAGGAAGUCGUCAAGCCAGCCGUGGAAGCGACCCCGGCACCUCCCCCUGCAGCCACUGGCCAGUUUAGCUUUGGAUUCGCCGCGAGCAACAAUCAGGGUAAGGAUGUGGCGGACAGCAAAAAGACAGAACCCGCGAAGACCUUUUCGUUUGGAGUCAGCAAAGUGGAGCCGCCCAAAACGGUGAGCUUCAAGGCGGACACCAAGGACACGCAGGCCACUUCCAGCACGGAAACAACCACCGCGCCAGCUGCGGCUCCAGCCCUCCAGUUUGUAUUCAAGGCCCCAACUACUGCGACCACGGCCAGCUCAAUCACUACCAACAGCAGCAGCACCACCUCCACUACCACCACCGCCAGCACAACUCCUGCUUUGGGUGGCUUUAGCUUUGGUGCUCCAUCGUCAUCCUCGACCGUGUCCAGUUCCACGGCCAGCACUGGUGCGAACCCCACGGCUGUCAAACCCAUGUUCAGCCUCUCGGGAGCCGGCAGUGCCGUGAGCAGCACCAGUAGCACGCUGCCCACGCCCAAGUCGGCCACUCUGAGCUUUGGUGUCUCCUCGAAUGCCAUUACAACAACGACGACCUCAAGCACAGGCUUUGCUCUAACACCGGCGGCGGCACCAGCUCCAGCAGCGGCCACCUCAGCACCUGCUCCAGCGGCCACCUUUAGCUUUGGCAGCCAGCCCAAACCGGCGGCCACUCCCAGCGCCGGAACUUUCUUCUUUGGCCAGACACCAGCUGCUGCCGCGCCAGCUACGCCAGCCAACACCACCGUGAGUUCGAUCUUUGGAGCAUCAGUGACCACCACGGCCAGCUCCAGUUCUAGUACCACCACCAGCACGGCCAAUGCCAUUGCUCCCAGCUUUGCAGCGCCCACCUCGACCCCGUCGCUCUUUGGCGGCUGGGGUGAGAAGAAGGCGGAGACCACGACCAGCAGCGCGCCCAAGGCGUUCGCCUUUGGAUCCCCAGCCGGUUCGGGAACGACGACCACACCUGGCUUCGACUGGUCCAGCAAUGGAGCCGCGGCGAAGAACAACAGCAUUGCGAUCACCAGUGCGACGGUGUCCUCAUCUUCGGCCUCCACGAUGGCCACGCCAGUCUUUGGCGGCAGCUCCAUGUUUGGAGCCGGCAGCAGCAGUACCAGCACCAGUAGCUCACCCUUCGGAUCGACGGCGACCACGGCUGCGGCCACACCGGCUAGUUUGGGUGGCAACGGAGCCCUCGCAGGGGUCUUCGGAAAUGUGGGCAACUCUCUGGUGGCACCGGGAGCCCCUGCUGCUACCACGCCAGCUGCUUCGGCAUCUGCUCCGCUGGCCAACAUCUUUGGCAAUCCUACGCCCAUCGCGGCGGCAGCGCCUGUUUUUGGCAGCGGCAGCAGCUCGAGCGGAGGGUUCGGAGCAGCGGCGGCGGCGGCCACAACGGCGGCACCAGCAUCGAAGCUAGCAUUUAACUUUGGCGGAGCAGCGGCAGCCACGCCAGCUCCCUCAAGUGCACCAUUUAAGUUUGGAAGCACCACCAAUGAGCCGGCGGCCAAACCAGCGUUCAACUUUACGGGCUCCACGGCGAGCUCGACUCCUCAGGCGGCCACCUUUAACUUCACGGCCAACCCGACAGCCACCAGUCUCUCCGGCGGCGAUUCGCAGCCGCGAAUCUUCCAAUUUGGUAAUCCCUUGGCGGCGGCUGAUAACCAGACCAGCGGAGCGGGAGGAGCCAACUCCUCCACCCCCAUGUUCAAUUUUAGCGCCGCGGCGCCGAUGAUGCAGCUUCAAUCCGCCAGCAGCCGGCAAUUCGGCGCAGAAUUCGCAGAUGGCACGUCGCAAGAUCCGGAAUCCCGUGCGCCGCCUGCCGCCCCGGUAGAAAUGGCAUCGCAGUCGGCCGUCGAGAUAGCAAAUGCAUCUGCUGAGGCCGCCAUCGGAUUAGGAUUAGGAUGGGGGGUGCCAGUGGGAGGAGGACAAAGAGCCCAAGGAGGAGAUGUAGCAGAAGGAGCAGCUGGAGUUACCAAGAACGACCUGGUCAAGAGGCGGAAUAGCCCGCUUUACGAACAUUAUCAGCAGCUGGAGCUGCUGCACCAAGUGCUCAAGCGUCACCGCCAGCAGCCGCGUCCGGACAGAUACCGGUUCGUGCGCGGCGGCUGCACGUUCGCUGGAGCGGAAGCAGACCCUUCGAGGAGUGGAGGAGCGGAGACAGAAGGAUUAGGUGGUGCCCCUGCAGCACCAGCCCCACCAUACGCACUCAGGCCGCGCAACAAAGUCCACGGCAGAGAGGGACGUGGCCGUGGCCGUGGCCAGAGGCCAUCUGGCGAUCACCAGGAGCAGGACAACGACCAGGCGGGACGAGCAGGAUCGGGAACAGCCGGAGAACACGUGCUACGGAGUCGCUACAAGCUAGUGCGGCGCAUCAACUGCAGUGAGACAACGACGACGGAGACGACUCAAAAACCAGGAUGAGACCCAGACCCCAUCAAGGAGGAGCAGCGAAGAGGACUCCGAGCUCCGAACUUACAUGAUUAUCUAAUGAUUAUAAAUUAUAAAAAUUUCGUUGGUGUAUGCACACUCCCCCCAAAUGGAUGGGGGCCAACCAGUCGUGUGUGUGUCUACCUUUUAAAUUUAAAUACAUUUUUUUUAAAUUAAUUUUUGUUGAUUAAUAAUGCUUAUACGAUAAUUAUGUAAUAAUUAUUUUGUGAAGUUGUAAAGAAGCGAAAAGAGCUGCAAACAGAUGCGAAAGGAAAUAAUAGCGCAAAACUAAACUACAUUAUAUAUAUAUAUAUUACAUUUAUUAAAGUAAAAUCAUUUGUCUAGACAAUUUUCGAAAGCAGCGUGAUCGACCGAUGAGCCGACAAGAUAAUGGUUGCAGCCAGAGAGCGCAGUGUACGAUUGCAUUAAGUCUUAGUUUUUGUUAUUGAUUUUAGAACUUAGAUUUAUAUACGAGACCCCAUUGUGUUGCCAGGGAGUCCUGCCGCAAGCAAUGUGCAGCAGCAGUGCAUCAGUGCAGCGCAGCCAAGGUGGAAACAAGCCAACAAAUUAAAGCAAACAACUAUCUAGCAACGUAAACAAACAAAAACCUAUAGCUAACAGAUAACAGAUAAGAUUGGUGGGGAUACAGACACGGAGACGUCGGUGGCGAUGAUGGAGAGAGCGGAAACGAGUUACGAUUAUAUGCAUGUUUUUAUAUACAUAUAUUCAUGAAGAACAUUGAAUAUUUUAUUAUAAUUUUAAAUUGAUCAUGUUUAAGUCGAGAACAGAAGUGAAACAUAAGAAGUCUUAAUGUUGAGAAAGAAAGGUAUCAUAAUGUAAAUAAGUAAAUAUAUGCGGUAUAAUAAUUUAAAA